AUGACCUUUUCCAUCCAAUUCGAAUCCGCAGGGGUCUACCACGUCGGCACGCCCACUGAGCAGAUGCUUGUCUCAUUCGAAGAACUUCUCGCCUUUCACGCGGGCAUCGUCGGUCUCCUCGAGUAUGGGCACGGAUGGCGAGUCAUAAAGGCAGUCAUUCGACGGCUUCUAGCACGGCUUCGCUAG